AUGUUUAUCAAACAGAUCAUCAUCCAGGGCUUCAAGUCCUACAAAGAUCAGACUCACAAUAGCAACUUCUUUGCUGCCAUUCGAUUCGUUCUCAGCGACAAAUACACUCAGCUUGGUCGCGAGGAGCGUCAGGGUCUACUUCACGAAGGUGCAGGAUCUGCUGUCAUGAGUGCAUACGUCGAGAUCAUUUUCGACAAUAGUGAUGAUCGAUUUCCCACCAAUACACCUGAAGUCAAAAAGGAUGAAUACAGCUUGAAUCGCAAGAAUACUACGAAGAACGAGAUCAUGAACAUUCUUGAAAGCGCGGGCUUCAGCCGACGUACCGUUGCGGGAACCGAGGUAUACGAGACGCGAAGAGCUGAAUCUCGACGGAUCAUGGAAGAAACACACCAUAAACGGUCCAAGAUUGACGAUUUGUUGGAGACGAUCGGAGGACGGUUAGGAGAGUUGGAAGAGGAGAAAGAAGAGCUUCGACAAUUUCAGGAGCGGGAACGAGAACGAAAAUGCCUCGAUUACACGAUAAACCACCGCGAGCAGGAGCGUCUGCAGGAACAACUUCAAAGGCUCAAUAACGAACUCGACGGAGGUGUUGAACAGACCGACGACAACCGUGAAGCCCUCAAACAAAGCGAAAGGCAGUUGGAAUCGCUGCGACAACAGAUGAAGCUACUAAGCGAAGAGAAAGCUCAGUAUAAAGAAGAGCGAAUUGAGCUGUUUAGAAGCAAAGCCCAGGCGGAGUCUGACAAUGCUGCCCAACAGGCGAUCGUUGAGCGUAGCGAACAGCUCCGCGCGAUCCUGCCGACUUUCAACGCAAGGCGGGAAAACGAACAAGCAACCAGGCAGCGCUUAUACGCAAAACAGGGCCGUCAAGCCCAGUUUCGCACAAAGCGAGAACGCGACGAAUGGCUUCAACGGGAAAUUGCAGAUCACAAGGAGGAGGCCGACGAACUCGAGCAGAACAUUGAACGACUUCAAAGCGACAUUGCCGAAAUGCGGGAUCGCAUCGAAAAUCUCCAGCAAGCGAAGGAGCAGCGCGACCAGCUGUGGAGGGAGGAGGCGAAGCUAGGCAAAUUCGAUACGGCGGAGAUCGCACUCGGCAAGAUGAUGGACCAGAACACUAUGCGCGGUCUCAAAUCUAUCCGCCGAAUUGUGCAACAACAUGAAAUUGAAGGAGCAUAUGGUCCCAUCGGAGAAUUGUUCGAAUUCAAUGAGAAAUACAAGACUGCCGUUGAAGUCACUGCCGGAAUGUCGCUCUUCCACUACGUGCGACUCAUUCAAUUGCUUCAGCAGGAGAAGGGCGGACGCUUGACAUUCACACCUUUAAAUCGCCUCAACCCGAAACAGACCAACUUACCCAAAGCUAGUGAUGCUUUUGACUCCGCAUAUGAGAAGUCGAUGCAACAAGUAUUUGGCUCGACUAUCGUGUGCCCCAAUCUUCAGGUCGCUUCACAAUACGCUCGAAGUCAUGGUGUCAGUGCCAUCACACCCGGCGGUGAUCGAUCGGAUCGCAAGGGAGCUUUGACUGGUGGUUACCAUGAUAACCGCAACUCGCGUCUUGACGGUAUUGUCAGUGAACGCAGAGACGAAAUCGACCAACGUGUGACCAAGGCCAUGAGUGACUUGCAAAAAGUCGAGCAGAAGCGAAACCAGCUUGAAAAUGGUUACGGCCCCCUUCGAGAGGAGCUCAGAAGGAGAGAGUUUGAUCUCAAUAGUCGCCGCGACGAGCUUGAGCGCAAACAGCAUCAGCGCGAGCAGGUGGAGGCUUUGAUGAUGAAUCUCAGCGCUCAACUCAGUGCAUAUCAAUCUGAAUUGUCCAGCGACUUUAAGAAAGCGCUGAGUGCUCAAGAGGAACAGCAGCUAGACACCGUCAAUACCCAGCUUCCUGAUCUUAGAAAGCAGCACGCGGCUGCAAGCAGUGAGCUCUCCAGCCUGUCGGAACAGAAGACAACCAUUGAGCUGGAAUUGAAGGAAAACUUACGUCCCCGACUGGAUCAGCUGCAAUCGUUCGAUGCCGAGACAGGCGAUGCCAGAAGCGGCAGCAGUCUCACGGCCAAGAUGAAGGAGAGGCAGGCGGAUCUCAAGAGAGCGAGCAAGAGUCUCAGCAAUAUUGAUGUCAAGCUGAAGGAGAUUGAAGCAUCCAUCGAAAAGGCACAAGGAGAAUUUUCCACAGUCGAAAUCGAGCGCGCAAACCAGAGAGCCGAAGUGGAGCGUCUUGAUCAAGCGAUCAAAAACUACCAGCGGUCGAUAGAAAAGGGCGCGCAAAGACGAGCUGGUCUGACGAACCGAAUCAACGAGCUCAAGACCCACAUCAACAGUCUUGGAGCCCUGCCUGAUGCCGCCUUCACAGCUCAAUACCAGAACAUGAACCUCAACACAGCGCAGACGCGACUACACAAAGCUCAGGAAGCCCUCAAGAAAUACGGUCACGUCAACAAGAAAGCCUUUGAGCAGUACGUUCAAUUCGAAAAGCAGCGCGAAGCCCUCGAGACGCGUCGCCAGGAGCUCGACAGCAGCGACGCCAGUAUUCGCGAGCUCAUCGAAGUCCUCGACCAGCGCAAAGACGAAGCCAUCGAGCGUACCUUCCGCCAAGUCAGCAAGGAAUUCGCCACCAUCUUCGAGCGCCUGGUCCCGGCUGGCAAGGGUCGUUUGAUUAUCCAGCGCCGCAUCGACCGGCAAACCAAUGGCGCCGACGAAGACAGCGACGACGAAGCCGGCCAGCGUACCGGUGUAGAAAAUUACAUCGGCGUCGGUAUCUCCGUCUCCUUCAACAGCAAGCACGACGAACAGCAGCGCAUCCAGCAGCUCAGCGGCGGGCAAAAGUCCCUCUGUGCCUUGGCCCUGGUCUUCGCCAUCCAGGCAUCGGAUCCCGCGCCUUUCUACCUCUUCGAUGAGAUCGACGCCAAUCUCGACGCGCAGUACCGUACGGCUGUCGCGCAGUUGCUGCAGGAGAGCAGCCAGACGGGCCAAUUCAUCUGCACGACCUUCCGACCGGAGAUGCUCCUCGUCGCGGAGAAAUGUUACGGCGUCAGCUACUUGAGCAAGGCCAGUAGUAUCGAUGUCGUCAGCCGAGAGCAGGCGUUGGACUUUGUCGAAGGCCAGAUCAGUGGCAAGUAA